AACACACAUUUCGCUUAUCACUCGCUGAUAAGUCACGAGCACCACACUCGCGCUCGCGCUACACGGCACGGCCGCGGUACUGCAAGGGUGUACUUGCCGCUAGAUACGGGCCAGGUCCAGAGCAGUGCCAUGCCGGAGGAAGCGCCGACGGCGGUCCCGGCCACGGCGGCGGACGAGGCGCACCGCGAGGCCCUGGAGUACAUCGAGCACGUGACGGCGUGCGCGGGGGAGGUCCAGCGCCGCGUGCUGGCCGAGAUCCUGGCGCAGAACGCUCCGGCCGAGUACCUGCGCCGCAUCGGCGUCUCGGGCGCCGCGCCCGGCGCCGACGAGGCGUUCCGACGCCUGGCGCCGCUCACCACCUACGAGGACAUCCUCCCCGACGUCAUGCGCAUCGCCAACGGCGACACCUCGCCCAUCCUCUCCGGCAAGCCCACCUACGAGUUCCUCACCAGCUCGGGAACGUCGGGAGGGGAGAGGAAGAUGAUGCCGGCGAUCGCGGAGGAGAUGGACCGGCGCUCGCAGCUCUACGGCCUGCUGAUGCCGGUCAUGAGCCAGGCGGUGCCGGGCCUCGACAAGGGCAAGGCCAUGUACCUCUACUUCGUCAAGGCGGAGUCGCGCACGCCGGGCGGCCUGCCGGCGCGGCCCGUGCUCACCAGCUACUACAAGAGCCGCCACUUCCUGGAGCGGCCGCACGACCCCUACACGGUGCACACCAGCCCCGACGAGGCCAUCCUCUGCGUGGACGCCUACCAGAGCAUGUACGCGCAGCUGCUCUGCGGCCUGGUCCACCGCGCCGACGUGCUCCGCGUCGGCGCCGUCUUCGCCUCCGGCUUCCUCCGCGCCAUCCACUUCCUCGAGAAGCACUGGCGCCGCCUCUGCCGGGACAUCCGCGCCGGCGUGCUCGACGCCGAGAUCACGGACCCGGCCAUCCGCGCCGCCGUCGGGCGCGUGCUCCGCGCCGACCCGGCGCUGGCGGACGCGAUCGAGGACGCCUGCGCCAGGCCGUCGUGGCAGGGCGUGAUCCGGCGGGUCUGGCCCAGCACCAAGUACAUCGACGUCAUCGUCACGGGCGCCAUGGCGCAGUACAUCCCCACCAUGGAGUACUACGGCGGAGGCCUCCCGCUGGCGUGCACCAUGUACGCCUCCUCCGAGUGCUACUUCGGGCUCAACCUCAACCCGAUCUGUAACCCCGGGGACGUCGCAUACACCCUGAUCCCCACAAUGUGCUACUUCGAGUUCCUCCCCGUCCAGCCCUGCUCCGGCAACGGCGGCGAGCCCGACCGCCGCGACCUCGUCGGCCUCGUCGACGUGAAGCUCGGCCGCGAGUACGAGCUGGUCGUCACCACCUACUCCGGCCUGUACCGCUACCGCGUCGGCGACGUGCUUCGCGUCGCGGGGUUCAAGAACGCGGCGCCCAUGUUCAGCUUCGUGCGCCGGAAGAACGUGGCGCUCAGCAUCGACGCCGACAAGACAGACGAGACGGAGCUGCACGCCGCCGUCUGCCGCGCCGUGCAGCACCUCGACCCGUUCGGCGCCUCGCUCGUCGAGUACACCAGCUACGCCGACGCCAGCACCAUCCCGGGCCACUACGUGCUCUUCUGGGAGCUCCGCGACGGAGGGACCACCACGUCGACGCCCGUGCCGGCGUCGGUGUACGAGGACUGCUGCCUCGCCGUGGAGGAGGCGCUCAACACCGUGUACCGGCAGUGCCGCGCCGCCGACCGCUCCGUCGGCCCCCUCGAGAUCCGGGUGGUGUCCAGCGGCACCUUCGACAAGCUCAUGGACUACGCGCUGAGCCGAGGCGCGUCGAUCAACCAGUACAAGGCUCCACGGUGCGUGCGGCCGGGGCCGGUGGUGGAGCUCCUCGACAGCAGGGUGGAAGGCCGGUACUUCAGCCCCAAGUGCCCGAAAUGGAGCCCAGGAAACAAGCAGUGGAUCGGCGGCAACGCCAAGAAGAUGGACACCAGUUGAUUAAUUCAGUAAUCGAGUUGUUCAAUUAAGCUACUCGUACUAAUUAUAAAUCAAUUACUGAAUUAGAGACUAGUUAAUCAAGAGAUGCUGUGGCCAAGUCUUGAUUGGAGACUUGGCUAUAUGAUAAGGACCUGAGCCACACUAUUAAUCAAUGUUUAGCUAAUCAUGGAGUGUCAGCUUAGCUAGCUAGGGUACGUGAUGCGUAUCUAUGGGUUUUUGUUUCUCUCUCUUUAUGCUUGUGUAUAAUAAUAAAAUAGUACUGGUACACUAGUAGAAGCUAGUUUUUUUUUUUUGUUUCUUUUGUCAUUUUUGGGCACAAGUUGAUUAGUCCUUUAUGACUAUGAAUGGAAUGGAUGCAAACAACAUUAUAUACAA